AUGCCGAGCAGCUCGGAAACGGCCCUGGGCGGCGGCGGGGCCGGGGCCGGGCUGAGCUGGGCCGAGAAGAAGCUGGAGGAGCGCCGCAAGCGCCGGCGCUUCCUGUCCCCGCAGCAGCCGCCGCUGCUCCUGCCGCUCCUGCAGCCGCAGCUCCUGCAGCCGCCGCCGCCGCCUCCGCAGCCGCCCCCGCAGCCGCCGCCCUCGCUGCUCUUCCUGGCGGCCCCGGGCCCGGCCGCCGCCGCAGCCGCCGCCGCCGCGGCCUCCUCGUCCUCCUCCUGCUGCUUCAGCCCGGGGCCGGGGCCGGGGCCACCGGGGCUCGAGCUCAAGCGGCUGCCCAGGGGGAAGAGGCGCGCCGCGGCCCGGCAGAAGCGGCGCCGCGGGGCCCGCGCCGGGCAGGAGGCCGAGCGGCGCCGGCUCUUCGCGCCGCAGCAGCCCCCGCCGCCGCCGCUCCCGCCGCUGCCGCCGCCGCAGCAGCCCCCGCAGCCGCCCUCGCAGCCCUCGCAGCCCCCGCAGCCGCCGCCGCCGCCUCCGCCGCCGCCCCCGCCACCCCGGCGGUCGCAGGACGGAGGCAGCGGGGCCGGGGCCGCCAGCCCGUCCGCCGCCGACUACGACGACGUGAGCUCCCAGUCGGAGCCGGGUCUGGGGCCGCCCGGGGGCGCGCCGAGCGCCGGGGGCGGCGGCGGCGGGAGCGGGGGUGGCAGCGGCGGGGGCGGCGGCGGGGGGAGCCCGGCCUCGUCGCCCGGGGCCCCGGCGCGGCGCGGGGAUGGCUCGUCGGAGCGCCGGCCGCGCCGGGAGCACCGGGGCGGUGGCGGUAGCGGCGGCGGCGGCAGCGGGGGCCGCAGCAAGGAACGGCACCGCGAGCACCGGCGCCGGGACGCGCAGCGCGCCGGGACCGGGGAGGCCUCGGCCAAGGCCCGCGGCCGCCACGGCCACGGCGACGACCGCGCGUCCGAGGCCUCUGCCAAGGGCAGCGGCAGUGGGGGCAGCAGCGGGCGCCGCAAGAGCGCUUCGGGCUCGUCGGGCCGCAAGGAGCGGGACUCGAAGGCGCAUCGCAGCCGGACUAAGGCGGUCAAGGAGCCGCCUUCGGCCUACAAGGAGCCGCCGCGGGCCUACCGCGACGACAAGAGCGAGCCCAAGGCCUACCGGCGCCGCCCGCGCUCGCCAAGCCCGCCUGGCUCCCGAGACGACGCCGCCUCGCGCGGCCGCAAGUCCCCGGGCAGCCCGGCCGGCGGGACCGGGCCCGGGUCCAGCCCAUACUCGCGGCGCGGCCCGCGCUCACCUAGUCCCUAUAGCCGCCGCCGCUCGCCCAGUUACAGCCGCCACAGCUCCUAUGAGCGCGGCGGAGACGUGUCACCCAGCCCGUAUGGCAGCAGCAGCUGGCGCCGCUCCAGAAGCCCCUACAGUCCGGCUGUCAGACGAUCUGCCAAGUCUCGAAGCAGAAGCCCUUACUCAUCUAGGCAUUCGAGGUCCCGCAGCAGGCAUAGAUUAUCUAGGUCCCGGAGUCGGCACUCUAGUAUUUCUCCUAGUACCCUGACUCUCAAGAGUAGCCUGGCUGCUGAGCUGAACAAGAACAAGAAAGCCAGGGCUGCAGAAGCAGCCAAAGCUCACGCCAAAGCAUCCAACACCUCGACUCCAACCAAAGUGGGGAGCACAGAUCCUGCAGGUGUGGGCAGCACGCCUCAAGCCAACCAUGUGAAGGAGUUGAAAAAGCUCAAGGCUGAACACACACCGUCUCCCACCAGUGGUGGGACUCUGAAAAAUGACAAGGCAAAAGUGAAGCCUGCUCUGCAGGUGGCAAAGGUGGAAAAUAACUUGAUUGUGGACAAAGCCACCAAGAAAGGCACUGUGGUGGGCAAGGAGAGUCAGCCAGCUACUGCUGCUGCUGUGAAGGAGGAGCCUGGGGUGCUGAAAGAGAAAAGCAAACCUCGCACUCCGAGCUUAGGCAGCACCAAGGAGAAGGAGCAUCAUGGGCCACUGGUGACUUCCACCUUACCCCCUUUGCCUUUUCCUCCCCUACUGCCUGAAGACAAAGAGGCGGACAGUUUACGAGGGAAUAUUUCAGUAAAGGCGGUGAAAAAAGAAGUUGAGAAGAAACUUCGCUGUCUGCUUGCAGACCUGCCUCUGCCCCCUGAGCUCCCAGGAGGGGAGGACUUCUCCACGAGCCCUGAGGAGAAGAAAGCCUCUGCUCCUACGCACAGUAAGAGAAGGCCCAAAAUAUGUGGGCCUCGCUAUGGUGAAAUAAAAGAAAAGGAUAUUGACUGGGGAAAGCGCUGCGUGGAUAAAUUUGAUAUCAUUGGAAUUAUUGGAGAAGGCACCUAUGGGCAAGUUUACAAAGCCAGGGAUAAAGAUACAGGAGAAAUGGUGGCCUUAAAAAAAGUCCGGCUGGAUAACGAAAAGGAAGGCUUCCCCAUCACAGCCAUCAGAGAGAUUAAGAUUCUCCGGCAGCUUACCCACCAGAGUAUUAUCAACAUGAAGGAAAUUGUGACUGACAAAGAAGAUGCUUUAGAUUUUAAGAAGGACAAAGGGCUCCCUGCUUCAAGGAACCAGCACUCAGGUGCAUUUUAUUUGGUGUUUGAAUACAUGGACCAUGACCUGAUGGGACUCCUUGAAUCAGGCCUGGUUCAUUUUAACGAAAAUCACAUAAAGUCAUUCAUGAGACAACUGAUGGAGGGUUUGGAUUAUUGCCAUAAGAAGAACUUUUUACAUAGAGAUAUUAAGUGUUCAAAUAUUCUGCUAAACAAUAGAGGGCAGAUAAAGCUAGCAGAUUUUGGACUUGCUCGAUUAUAUAGCUCAGAAGAAAGCCGCCCGUACACCAACAAGGUGAUCACGCUGUGGUACCGGCCCCCGGAGCUGCUGCUGGGAGAGGAGCGCUACACGCCGGCCAUCGACGUCUGGAGCUGCGGGUGCAUCCUGGGCGAGCUCUUCACCAAGAAACCCAUAUUCCAGGCGAACCAGGAACUCGCGCAGUUGGAGCUGAUCAGCCGAGUGUGCGGGAGCCCCUGCCCGGCCGUGUGGCCAGACGUCAUCAAGCUUCCCUACUUCAACACCAUGAAGCCGAAAAAGCAAUAUCGCCGCAAACUGCGGGAGGAGUUUGUCUUCAUCCCGACGGCCGCCCUCGACCUGUUCGAUUACAUGCUGGCCUUGGACCCGGGCAAGCGCUGCACGGCGGAGCAGGCCCUCCAGUGCGAGUUUCUCCGUGACGUCGAGCCCGCCAAGAUGCCGCCCCCCGACCUCCCUCUGUGGCAGGAUUGUCACGAGCUGUGGAGCAAGAAGCGGCGGCGGCAGAAGCAGAUGGGGAUGACGGAGGACGCGGCGGCGGCCAAGAUCCCUCGCAAGGACCUGUCUCUGGGCCUGGACGACAGCAGGACCAACACGCCGCAGGGCCUGCCGGCCAAUUCACAGCUCAAACCUCAGGGCAGCAGCAGCUCAGCACUCGGUGACAAAGCGACCGACCCGCCCACCCCCCAGCAGGAGUCUUCCAAGCAGCCCGGAGCCGGGAUGCUGCCGGCGUCCGGCCAGCCCGGGCCGCCCAAGGUGGAGACGGAUGCGGCCCAGGCCGCCGUGCAGAGCGCCUUUGCAGUCUUGCUGUCCCAGCUCAUAAAGGCGCAGCAGUCCAAGCAGAAGGACGCCGCGGCGGCCAUGGAAGAGAAGGAGAACGGAGCCGGCCACGAGCUCUCUCUGCAGCUGCGGCAGCCCCCCGAGCCCAGCCCUCCUCUCCUCGGGCAAGACGAACAUGUCAAACACACAGAGAUGAGGAUGCUGGAACUAAGCCCAGAACCAGAGCGCCCACGAAUCCUGCCUCCAGACCAGCGCCCCCCCGAACCCCCUGAGCCACCACCCUCUUCAGAAGAAGAUCUAGAUUAUCGGACAGAAAACCAGCAUGUGCCCACGCCUAGUUCUUCAUUGACUGACCCUCAUGCUGGAGUGAAGGCUGCUUUGUUGCAGCUCCUUGCCCAACAUCAGACCCAGGAUGACCCCAAAAUGGAAACAAGUAUGGAUUACCAAGCAGGAGAUACCUAUGUUCCAAGUUCAGACUACAAGGAUAAUUUUGCAUCUUCUUCUUUCUCUUACGUUAACGACGGUUUAGGAAGUGGAUCUGUUCCAGCCCUAGAAAGACGAAGCUUCAUUGGCAACUCAGAUAUACAGUCUCUGGAGACCUACAGCACGGCUUCAUCUCAUUCUGGGGGCCCCCCUCAGCCGCCUGCCUUUUCAGAAUCCUUCUCCAGCUCAGUAGCUGGGUAUGGAGACAUUUACCUCAACACUGGUUCCAUGUUGUUUAGUGGAGAUAAGGACCAUAGAUUUGAGUAUAGUCAUGGCCCAAUCGCAGUUCUGGCCAAUAGUAGUGACCCUGCUACAGGGCCUGAGAGCACUCACUCUUUGCCAGCCAAGAUGCACAGCUACAACUAUGGGGGCAAUUUGCAGGAAAGCCCAGUGGGCCCUGGCCUUCUGCAUGGACAGACUUGGCCUUCCCCUGCCCAGGGCCCUGGCUAUUCCCAAGGAUACAGGGGACACAUUAGCACAUCUACAAGCAGAGGGCGAGGCAGAGGGUUGCCAUACUGAGUAUCUGUUUUUCCUCAGGCACAUCGUUUUUAUCUGGAAAGACUUUUCCUAGCUGCAGUUUCAGGCAGCAGUCCAACAGACUUGAAUAAUGUUAAUUCAACAACAGCUUUAUUUUUUAUGUGGAAAAGGGUCUUGCAUACAAUAGUUAAAAAAAAAAAAAAACUCACAGAAAAAAACCCACCUUGGCUUAAAUUCAUGCUGUUCUGAAAACUAGAUCUCUUGACUGUACAUCUUCAAAUUCUAGUUACCAAUUUUAUUUUGUAUUCUCGCAGGUAUUAGUGUAUGCUAAACUUGGGGACACGAGCAUUUUAUUGACCCUAUUGCAGAUCUUCUGAACUAUGCACAUUUGUGCUUUUUUUUGUAAGUUUGGACCAACUUUUAUGUAAAAAAAAAACAAAAAAAAAGUUUGCCAAGAAUCAGAAAGGGCACUGAUUUAUCGGGUAUUUUUCUUUUUACAAAGCUACCUUCAGCCCAAGGUCACUGUCAGUCUUUGCACCUGCUUUCAGUGUGAUUGUGAAAGGUGUACUUUGUGCUCAUUUCAGAAAUAAAACACAACCUUUCUCUUGAUGCAAGUUUUAUAAAAAAAAAUGGUCAACGUUAUUUUCUUUUGAAUUUCCAAAUUACUGCAUAGCCUAGCAAAAUAUUAACAUGAAACAAUGGGUUUUAUAUACAAAAUGUUGGGGUGGGGAGGGAAAGUAAGUGCCUUAACAGGUAAGCUUAAAGUCUGAGAAAAUAGCCUUUACAACCCAUUUUUUAAAAAGGAGAUUGGUGCCCUGAAUGGAAGAGCCCAUUCUCAAUUCACCUGAUCUCUCCCCCCCUCCCCCGUUCUUCUCUCCCUUGCCUGUCCACCUGCCUGCCUUUGGGUCAGGGUGUUAGUCAUUACCACCUCCAUUAAAAAAGGGUGAGACAGGGAAGAGAGAGGAGGACAAAGCUCCUAGCAGUAGAUUUUGCUACUUGUCAGAAGUUCUGCUUUAAUGAUUUUUUUGAGGGAUGUGGCUAGAAGCAUCAAGGAGAAUGAGGAUUUUUCUUUUAUCUGGUUAGUUCAGUUACUGAGCUGUCUCCCCUUCCUCUGGAUAACUGAGAGUUGACAGUAAAAGCAAGAGUCAGUAACCAAAAGGGAACAUUCUUGUUUGUUUGUUAGAAUGGCUUAGGGAUGGAAACGACAUGCUGAAAUCAUCCAAUGGCCAUUUGUUCAUUUCCUCCUAGCCUGUAUGUCUGGUUUAAUGAGAGCCAUUGCCAGGAUGAUUGCAAGAGGUGGCAAAAGAGGGAAACAUUCGGAAAAUAGAUCCCCUUUCCUCCCCACUUCUUCUAGAUUGGUUUUACAUAUGACUUGUCUUGAGUUCUUCUGCCAAGUAUUAAUGGAGUUUUUAGUUCAUUUUAACAUCGAUUUUCUUUUGUAAAAUAGAAGAGAAUGAUGGAAUAAUCCUUGUUUAAGCUGAAAGUGGUACCAAUUUUAACUCUGUUUGCUCACAAAUAAUCAUUAAAAAGGGUAGCCAAAGGUAAAUAACUAGGUGUUUCCAUUGUAACUAAAUAGAAGACAUCAUCCCUGGAAAUUAGAAUUGUGCCAUUCAGAUAUUUUACUGAUAAUUCAAUGCUGGAUUCAGAGUUUUAAAUUGGAAAGAUUACCAAAUCCAAACCACUCCAGGUAUAAAAUUAAUUUGCAUUUCUAAAUACGCUCCCUCUAACUGUACAACUUAAGGCCCUCUCCUCUAGAAAAAACAAAAACUUGAACCCCAUUUCAUGGAAAAGGAUUUCAGAGUAACAUGUAGAAAGAAUCUGAUGAAUAUAACUGUUAAAAUAAACUUAAGGCACAUUCAUAACUUUUUAAGUGGGACAAUUUUCCAUUUCACUACUAUGAAAUGAGUUGGUAUCAGUUGGCUUUUAAUUUUUGGUGGAGUUUUUUUGGGGGGAAGGGAAGGACAGGGUAGAAGGAAACCCCCCCAAAUUUUAUUUGAACUUUGAGUUACUAACAACUUUAUAAUUAAUUACUACAUUGCAGGGAGUGAAGAAAAAAAAUCUGUAAAAUUAGCAGAAUAGGUACAGUAUUCAAGUAUCUGAAGUUGAGUCUGGUGAGUCUGGUAGCUUUAGACUUUGCUAUAAAAUGACAGUAUCUAAGUUAUUCUUCAUAGUCACACUAGAGAAUCUUGCUGCCCCAAAGCAGCUAACCUGGAAAUGAAGAUAUUUAUGUGACAUGAAUAGCCUGUGUUUAAAAAAAUUAAAUAUUUUAUAUAAAAUUGAA